AGAAAAAUGUAUUAUUAUGCCUAAUAGCAAUGAUACUUUCCUUUGCAUUCCACUCAUCCCGUUUUUUCAUUAGAGUAAGCUCAUCUUUCUAUAAUCUCUACAAUUGACUCUACUGCUUGUGUUAAUAUGUAACAUUGAUGAUUUGUAUUGCAGUAUGUUGUUGUGAAGUUUCCUGUUUCGGAUAACGCACAAGAAAAAACGGUGGCUGUUGUUCCAUCAUCAUGGAUAAACUACUCUCUCAAUACAUGCAAAUGGCCACCAAAAAAAAAGUAUCCCUCUGACAAAGUCAGCAGAUGGGUUAUGAGUUUAACGAUACCAAAAAAUGAUUUUGAAGAUUUACCAAUAGAAAUUAUACAUGAAUAUGAUACUUAUGCAAAAGCACGUAAAGCCUGUAUUAAAGCUGAAGAAGACAAUGCAAUUGAUAUAGCUGCUGGAGAAACUGAUAUAGAGAAGGGUAAAAAAAAACGUAAGCCUGUAAGAUAUGCAGAGUAUGAUAGCUCUGAGCAGGUUGAUGACCCUGCUCCAAAAAAAUCAAAGAAAAUUAAAUAUCUCUCUAAUAGCAGUUAUGAAGAAAUUUCAACAGCAGAUAAUAUCAAGGCAAAAGUAAAGACAUUUUUGAAAAAUAAAAAUCAAUUUUCUUCCCUUUGUCGAUUAAACAAGCCCAUAACAGUAAAACGUACAGUUCUUCUUCCGCCCUCGUAUACUGAAUCAUGCAAUGCAUCAUCACAGUCUUCAGCUUUUGUAUCGCAAGAUACUUGCGUUGAGGAUGAUGAAAAUUCAGUGAAAUCUCUCUUCAAUGAUACCGAUAUGGAAAUGCAUAUUUCUAACACUCCAAAGACUACGCCAAUAGGCAAUUAUAAUCGCAAUGAAUCCUCUGAAAUUACUUCAUCUGUCAAGAAAGUAUAUAACAAUCCAUCGUGUUUCAAUGCUGUACCUGUAGGAAAUAAAUUACCGAUACAUGAAACGAUCUUCUCAUCUUUGGAAAGAACAAUCUCUGUUAAAGAACCCUCUACAAAAAAAGAUACUUCCACAUCUUGUCAAUCUGUGACAUCUCCUCAGCCAAGUUGUAUUAAGUUUAUUUCUACAAUUAACUGUACUGAUAUUUUAUUAUAUUUAACUGAUAUUUCAACUAUAUGUUUCAGCUUCUUUGCCAUCAUUAAUGAAAAAUGUGCAUAUGCAAUUAGGUAUAAGUUAUUGGUUGCUUCUUGAUUAAAUUCUAUUUUCUAUUUGUUAACAUUAUAUACGAGUAUAUAUAUAUAUAUAUAUAUAUAUA